AUACUUGCUUGCUGGGAUACAGCUUGAUGUGUGUGUUUGAAUCGUAAAGAAAAAAACAAGCCGCGUCUUCCUCGCAUUGCGCGUCAUUCAAACAGGACUCGGUGUACUGCUUUCCCCUCUGUUGCAUUAGUAAUAACAGCGGCGUUGACUGGAGACAGCAGGAGAGAGUGUGUGUGUUUCUCCGACAGCGGUGCCCAGCGGAGGAAUAUUUGAGCUUUUUUAUUUACUCUGCAGCUUGUUGUUCAUUUUCUCUGCGUUGUGUUGAACUUGGACAGUCACGUGUGAAGAUCUCUGCAAGUAGGCUUUAGAGGACGGCGACUUCUCACCUGGUGUGUCCCUUUGACUUUACCGUGAGGGAAAUAUACCUGGCGUUUUUUUGUGCUGACAGCGCUGGAUUCCUUCCACUCCUGUGACGGACAACUUCUGCAAGUUCUCUCCCUGAGGGAUGAAAUAUGCAAACUCUGCACCCAUAGAAAAAAGCCGUCGACAAACACUGUAGAGUCCAAAGUGGUUUUAAAUCAUGAUGAUGCAGGAGUCGGCCACAGAGACAAUAAGCAACAGUUCAAUGAGUCAAAAUGGAAUGAGCACCCUAAGCAGCAGCCAAUUAGAGGCUGGCAGUAGAGAUGGGAGAUCAAGCGCUGGUGACACGAGCAGCGAAGUAAGCACAGUCGAGCUGCUGCAUCUGCAACAACAGCAGGCCCUACAAGCAGCGAGGCAAUUACUCUUGCAGCAGCCAGGCAGUGGCCUGAAAUCUCCAAAGAGCCAGGACAAGCAGCGUCCACUGCAGGUUCCAGUGUCAGUGGCCAUGAUGAGUCCCCAGGUGAUCACGCCGCAACAGAUGCAGCAGAUCCUCCAGCAGCAGGUUCUCUCCCCACAGCAGCUCCAGGCUCUGCUCCAGCAGCAGCAGGCUGUCAUGCUGCAGCAGCAACACCUGCAGGAGUUUUAUAAGAAGCAACAGGAGCAGCUUCAUCUGCAGCUCCUCCAGCAGCAGCACCCUGGCAAGCAGGUUAAAGAGCAACAGCAGCAGCAGCAGCAGCAGCAGCAGCUGGCCGCCCAGCAGCUCGUCUUCCAGCAGCAGCUCCUGCAGAUGCAGCAGCUCCAGCAGCAGCAGCACCUGCUCAACAUGCAGCGGCAGGGCCUGCUCUCACUGCCUGGGCCCGCACCAGGCCAGGCCGCCCUGCCCGGACAAACCCUGCCACCACAAGCUGGCCUGAGCCCCGCAGAGCUCCAGCAGUUGUGGAAGGACGUGACCAGCGGCGGCGGCAACGGCGGCCAUGCCAUGGAGGACAACGGCAUCAAACACAGCAGCAGCGGAGGAACCGGCACAGGAGGCGGCGUGGGUAGCGGCGGCUUAGACCUCUCCACCAACAACUCUUCUUCAACUACCUCCUCCUCAAAUCCCGCCAAAGCAUCGCCGCCCAUCUCUCAUCACCAUUCCAUCGCCAACGGACAGUCCCCCGUCCUCAACCACAGACGAGAGAGGGAACGGGAACGGGAAAGGGAACGAGAGAGUUCACUACAUGAAGAAAGUGGAGGGACCCACCCCCUGUACGGUCACGGUGUGUGUAAAUGGCCUGGCUGUGAGAACAUCUGCGAGGACUUUGGACAGUUUCUGAAGCACCUAAACAAUGAACACGCCCUCGAUGACCGGAGCACAGCCCAGUGUAGAGUCCAAAUGCAAGUGGUACAGCAGCUGGAAAUACAACUUUCUAAAGAACGUGAGCGUCUUCAGGCGAUGAUGACCCACUUGCACAUGCGGCCCUCGGAACCCAAGUCAUCUCCCAAACCACUUAACUUGGUGUCCAGUGUCACCAUGUCCAAGAACUUGCCCUCAGCAUCGCCCCCCAACUUACCUCAGACACCCACCACGCCCACAGCGCCCAUCACACCAAUGGCCGCCAUGCCCCAGGUGCCGUCAGUACUGGGAGGAGCCAACGUCCCCAGCAUGGGAGCCAUGCGCAGACGCCACUCGGACAAAUACUCCAUGCCCCUGUCGUCAGGUGGUGACACAGUAUUUAUUUUUCCAGAGAUCGCCCCAAACUACGAGUUUUAUAAGAACGCAGAUGUCAGACCGCCAUUUACUUAUGCAACCCUCAUAAGACAGGCUAUCAUGGACUCUGCCGACAUGCAGUUAACGCUUAAUGAAAUCUACAGCUGGUUCACACGCACGUUCGCCUACUUCAGACGCAACGCUGCAACUUGGAAGAAUGCCGUGCGUCACAACCUCAGUCUGCACAAGUGCUUUGUCCGCGUGGAGAACGUGAAGGGGGCGGUGUGGACGGUGGACGAGAUGGAGUACCAGAAACGCAGGUCGCAGAAGAUCACAGGGAGCCCAUCACUUGUCAAGAACCUGCCCUCCAGUCUCGGCUAUGGAACUGCACUAAACGCCAGCUUACAGAUUUCUUCCAUCUUUCCAUCCUUCCUGCAGGCUGCCCUGGCUGAGACCUCCCUGCCUCUGCUCGGAACCCCCGGCCUCAUGAACAGCGGCUCCACGGGCCCGAUGGGAGGCAGCUGCCACGGCCUCCUGGGCGGCGACCCGUCCUGCCUGAUGGGCGGAAGUCCACAUGGAUUGUUGGGCGGGAGUCCACCUGGACUGCUGGGUGGCAGCCCCCCAGGUGCACUCAGCGGAAGCCCCCCCAACCUGUUGCAUUCAGCCCAUGAGGAGCUGAACGGCUCGCUGGACCACCUGGACACCAACGGACACAGCAGCCCCGGAUACUCUCCACCAGUACACAUGCCAUCCAUUCACGUGAAGGAGGAGCCACUCAACAUGGACGACGACGACUGUCCGAUGUCACUCGUGACGACAGCCAAUCACAGUCCGGAGCUGGACGACGACCGGGAGCUGGAGGAAGGGAACUUAUCGGAGGACCUGGAGUGACUAGGAUACCGUUUUUGGUCUACGUAUCCCUCCGCCCCACCACACUGUUUCUCUCUCACAGACCUCCUGCAAGACUAGAAAAAGAAAAAAACCACUCCACAGUCCAAGCAAAACCACAGCUGACUCUCUCUCUCUCUCUUUCUCUCUCUCUCUCUCUCUCUCUCUCUCUCUCUCUCGUCUCUCUCACCACUGGGACUAUUUAUUGAGCAUGCAUCUGGAUGGAGACCAGUCCAAAGGAACUCUUUGUUGCAGCCCUUUGGGAUCCCCCCCCCUCCCCUCCCCGAACAUGACAGGCAUGAGAUGUCUGAUUCAAAAAUAAAAUAAAACUCUUUGAGACCUAUUUCUUUAGGGAUGGCGUGGCCACGUACAGUACAAGGAUGAUGGACUCAUGGAUGGGGGAAAAAAAACCUAAAACAAAUGAGCAAGUCAUGUUCCGUUGAAAGCUAGCGGCCUCAUAUACUGCCAAAAAGGAAGACGUUUUAUGUUUGUGAAUAAUCCACCCCCCCUCACCCCCACCCCCACCCCCACCCCCCAGUAGUUGUUGACGUCUAGAGACAAUUGCUGGUUCAAUUCAAGUUGUUGCUCUGUUUUCAUUUGCACAGGAGUAGUCUCAGAAGUUUGUGUCACUGCCUGUAUGUUGCUACUAUUAUAAAAACAAGUAUAUUAAUUUCAGCUUUUUUUUUCCAUCUUUAAUUUCCAAAGUAUGAUUUUUCUUUUUUAAAUUUCAGACACCACCAACUGUAAAUGCCAUUCCCUGAAUCACACCAGAAACAGAACUGCGGUACCAAGACUGUCGUUGCAGCUGUCCUGAAAAAAAAAAGAACAAAAAAAAGAGAAAAAAAAAAAAAGUUGGCUUCCAGUCUAUUAUCUGUCUGUGAUGAAAAAGUGAAAAUAACUGGAAAUUCAGUUGGGAAAAAGAGAAGUCCGUGUAAAGCACCAUUUACAAAACAAAUGCAUUUCUGCAUAAUUUCCCUCUUGCUGUUCUCCUUUACCUCCUCGUUCGAAAGCUUUGUCUACCUGCAAACAGUCACAGGCAACAGCUAGAAACCAAAGCCAACACUAGCAAUGGCCAAUAGCUUAUAGACAGAAGGCACCAAACUCCUCUUGGUCUUCUGCCUCUUUAAUCUAGUAACAAAGAGAAGCUUUUGUUCCACAAACUACCUUUCGAAAAAAAAAAAAAAAAAAAAACCUCUGGGAUUGUUUCAUUUAGCCCUAUACAAAGAUGAUCAUGAGUUAAGAGAGAAGGGGAAUUAAAUGCUGAUUUUGAUGUGUAAUUUGAUAACUCUUAGAGCAUCCACUUCGGAGAUUUUUCUGCCAGACGUACUGUAGGUAAAAAGGUGAUGUGAUAUUUGAACUGCAGUCAUUUUGUGCUGGUGAUUUGACUGGUAGAGAGCAGCUAACUGUUAAAGUGGAUUAUGACCAAAACAAAACAUUUGUGUAUUCAAUGGAAGUGCAGAAACAUUGUGUUAUUGUGAAAUACUCAUUUUUACUUUCUAUUUGUUCUUUAAUGCAUUACACAUCAGAAGUCGUUUUUUUUUUCUUUCUUUUAUUUUGAAGGGACUUUAUUUUCUUACCUGGUGAAUAUGUAAUGUUCUAAGUGGGACUUUCAAAAUAAUGUCACGUCUUAUUUCUGUGGCGGGUUUUGUUUCUUGAGCCACGUUGAAAAAACUGAAAACAUCGCUAACCAAACAUGAAAAAUAUCUAGUGAAGCCAAAUAAUUCAUGAUUACAAGUUGGUAUGAAAUGAUGUGGCUUGGUCACCAUGGAGAAGCAAACAAUAAUAGCCAUUGCAGAAGAGGAUAUGGAAGGUGAAACGUUAACCUUCUCUAGGUGAUAUUUGCUUUAACUCGUCAUCAAAUACUCAUCGUGUGGUUCAUAGCUUCGAAACUAUAUAGAUACAAGACGGAUGUACUCUAUAAAAGUAGCCAGCUUUUUAUAAAAUAAAAAAAACACCUGGUAUCUAUAGAAACUAAAGAGAAGUAGUUGUCGUGGAGACUACGUCCCGUCAUUUCCUUCACAGCUAAUGUCAUCUAGAAAAGUGUUGUUGCUUUAAUGGUCAUUUCUGUUUUCAGUAAACCAAAGUUACACAAAAUUCUGCCUCCUCUUGUAUGGGAUAAAGAGAUGCUAAAACAACCACACACACUCUGUUGAAGGCUAGCAUACAUGCUACAUGCUGACAGACACACACAGACCCCGAGCUAACUUUAAAGGAGUGGUUUUGUAAAAGAAAAACAAAAAAACAACUGACCUACGUGCAAACACUGUGCAUAUAUUGUUUCUCAAGUGUUGUUGCCAAGCAAAAAGAACCAGCUGUAAGAGCGUAACACACAAACACUUGAAGUACUGUACAAACACACAGCAUGUUAAGUACACACACAUAACACACACACACGGCAGUUGCCACGUCAAGAGGGCACUGGGCCCAGGAACAAAGCUUAUCCCUUCAACUUAGCUGGAGUCAGCAGAAUGACUUGAAGACGACGUUCUUAAUAAUCUUACCACACCAAAUAAAAAGGACGCUGCGUCUUUCAGAAAUACAAAAAAAAAAGGGUUCUCCCACUUACCCAAAAAGGCUUUGGAAAAGCUUCUACCUCUGCACAACAAAUUCAGAACAAUUACGACAGAUUGCACGAGUUAUAAGAACGCCACAAGAGCUGUUACACUUUACUACGCUUGUCUCAUAGGACGUGGCUCCAACCAACGUUUACAUUCCCUGCGUCAAGAUAAGGAAAGAUUUGCAUUGUAAUAGGUUGUCCUCAAACAUCUGUAGAAUGAUAAUGUAUAGAUUACCUGUAAGGGAAUAUUGUGUUUUAAAAAUGCAUGUCUAAAAAUCAUUUGGUGGACUGGGAACAAGAACCAAUAAAAAGAAUAUAAUAAAAAUCAUCGGGACGAUGGCCUAAAUGUACGUACAAUGCAUUGGAGUGCAUUACCUCAGAUAUAUUGUUUUGGGAGGGAUAAAACCUGUCAGCCACAGAAUGCAUAUUACCUGUAGAUUUGCAUGGGUUUUGUAUAAAUUAAGUAAAAAAAAAAAAUGUCUAAAAUAGUUGCUUGCACAUAAUACCAGAAAGACCUCCAGAACUGCGAUCUGCUCCUCCACUAGAAUUUAGGAUUGUCUGGAUUUUCUGGGUUGAUUUUGUCUGUAUUUUGAUAACUGUGCAUACUUAUGUAAAAAAAAAAAAUGUUGGUGGACCCAUAAAUUUACCAGACUUUUUUCUAAGAGGAAAAAAAAAACUCAAUGUUUCUUUUCUGACUUACCUGAAUUUUUACUGUUUCUCUCUCAUUGCUCGCUAAGAAUAGCAAACCUGCUUUUUCUGCAUCUGCUUUGCGUAGCUGUAAGGCUUAACCUAAUGUGUGUAUUUAUUGCUUGUACCUCUGUGCAUACUUUAUGAAGCAUUAUGUCUGGCAGUUGAGUCAUGUAUCCUUUCUACUGCUAUCCUUCUCUAAUAAUUGGGAAUAUGAUCCCCCUAUGUAUACAGUAAAUUGGGACUGUAGCAAACAUAUGUUUAUGUAAUUGGUGAAAACUUUUUUUUUUGUUUGUUUCAUUUCCUUUUUGAGAUUCAGCUCCUUUUUUUGAUACUUUUCAUUACUGUGUACUGUGUCCAUACGUUUAAAGGUUCUCUGACAUUAGAAGGUCAUGGUUGAGAAUUGUAACAGACGUUAUUAUUUUCUGUAUUCAUGGCAUUUCACUGCUGAAUAAAAUAAAGGACCAAAACUUGGAAUUUGAAAAGCAA